AUGCAGAACAUCUACAACGCGCUCUCUUCUGCCGGCCUCGCGAAUCAGAUCAAGGUUUCGACGGUCGUCGACAUGGGAAUUCUCGGACAAUCUUAUCCCCCUUCGGCCGGCAAGUUCACCGCCAGCUCUAAGCGUUUCCUGACGCCCAUCGUGGGAUUCCUAACCCGCACCGGGGCGCCGCUGCUGGCCAAUGUCUACCCGUACUUCUCUUACAUCGGCAACCAGAGGGACAUCUCGCUUGACUACGCCCUCUUCACCUCCCCGGGCACCGUCGUCACCGACGGGCGUUUCGUCUACCAGAACCUGUUCGACGCCAUUCUCGAUUCCGUCCAAGCUGCUCUCUAG